AAGACAGGAUGACUACAAGAGACACACAAUUACCACAAAGAGACACAAUGGACCAUACACAAAAUUACCAGAGACACAAACCCACAAAAAUGUGUAGAACGACUAAAAAAAAGAAGCAAAAAAAUAACAAAAAGGAGGCAAAACCACUGCAAAGUCUAUGCAUCUUGCUUCUAUAUAGGAGAGUUAGGGGGGCUUUUGCAUGUCUGUGCCCAGAGGUACAUUAUCUUAUAAUUCGCCCAUGAUAACACUGGCAAUUUUGCAGUGGUGUUGAUCAAUGCGUAUUGCCCAUGAGACUAAAUAAGAAAAACAAAAGAAAAACACUCCACAGCAGCCUAUUCUGAUUUGGCGCAGCUCCCUGGUUGAAAAAAUGUGAUGCAGAUCAGAGGUUUAUUCUGUGUCUAUGUUAGGGGGUCUGCGACAUAGCAGGUUUGGGAACCCAUGGCACAGUAUCCAGCGCUGUCCGCCCCCAACAUUAACCCGGCUAUUUCGAGAAACUUCCAGCCCACUUUUCCCACGUCACUUCAAGGAAUCUUUAAAGCGUCCGUCGCCUGUAUAAAAUGUUUCAGUACUCGACAGCCAGCUGCAACAUGAACGGCAUGAAGACCCACUCCCCGAUACUGACAAUGGCUAAUAAUGAUAACGACCCUCUUCCCCUCGGCUGGGAAGUGAAAAUUGACCCUCAGACUGGAUGGCCCUUCUUUGUGGAUCACAAUAACCGCACGACAACCUGGAAUGACCCGCGACACGACACGAAAAAGGUCAAAGAAGUGUCAGCAAAUGGACCUAACAUACCACCAGAACCAAGCCCUCUGGAGACACAGAAGAGCUAUGUGAGAGAGAUGAAGCACCCCAUUCUGCGCCCAGGUUAUGUUCCUAUCCCCGUCUUCCAUGAGGGUGCAGAGCUGAGGCAGCAGCAGCAUCCAUGUUAUUCCUACAUCCAGCCGACCAGCGUACAGAACAUCCGGUCCGAUGGGCGGACGCCUUCCCCGACGCCAGGGCUCCACUGCAGGCCCAGAUCCCCUUUACAUGGACCUUCUGAUAGCUGCCCCUCUGAGACUGGAAAGGCCAGCUCGCCAGUCUCACCAACACCGGAGGUUUACACCGUCCCGCAUCACCAACCCCCACGGCCCAGCAGCACUGGUCUUCAGGCAGGCUACAUCCCCAUCCCAGUGAUCCAUGAGGGUGGAGGAGGCCAAACACAACCACAGGCUCAGUUAAAUCCUUCUGUCUACUCUCAGCGCGUCCCCUACUCAGAGCACCAGCAGCCCUACCAUCGCCUCCAGUCCGACGAAUGGCCGGGCUACUCUGCAGCGAUGCCUCCUCCCCGGGAAAGAGCUUCUCCGAUAGUGAUGCCCCAACACCGCGACGCUUCUUCUAUUCACCUCCAACCUCAUAUUAGAAGCCAGUCACCUAUUGUAACGCAGGUGAUGGGAGAAAGACCACAGGCUCAGCAGCACGUCCUCACAAGAGACCCGCCCCAGAAAAUGGAGCAGGAACAACAAAUCGCUCAGCAGAAGCCCGAGAACACGCAGCUCCCCCAGCCGCUGCACACAGAAACUGACGUCCAAAAGCCUCAGCAACCUCAACAGUUCCAUCAGCCUCCGCCUCAGCAACCUCAACACUUCCAACAGCCUCCACAUCAGCAACCUCAACCGUUCCAGCAACCUCAGCAGUUUCAGCAACCCCAACAGUUUCAGCAACCCCAGCAGUUUCAGCAACCCCAACAGUUUCAGCAACCCCAACAGUUUCAGCAACCCCAGCAGUUUCAGCAACCCCAACAGUUUCAGCACGCACCACCUCAGUCUCCACAGCCUCAGCAUCCUGAACAGUUAAUGCAGCAACCGUUCCAGCAGCCCCAGAAACCAGAGCAACCACAACAACACACUGCAGAUAUCACAGUUCAAAUACCUCCAAAACCUGAAGUCCAGGACACGACUCCUGCCCCCCCAGAGACCCCACCUGUAAAGGUGGAGGCUGAACAGGCUGCUCAGUGCCCGGUCCACCCCGGCUUGGCUAAAGUAGAGCAGAUAGUCGGACGGGUUGCUAAACUGGAGCAUGAGGUGAAAUGUUUUGAUGGAAAGAAGAAUGAUAAGAAAUACUUGUUACUGGAGGAGCUGCUGACCAAAGAGCUCUUAGCGCUGGACUCGGUUGACCCAGAGGGUCGCGUUGACGUACGGCAGGCGAGACGGGACGGAGUCCGUCGUGUUCAGAACAUACUGGAAGAACUGGAGCAACUGGAGGAUCAGCCAGCCAGGCCGGCCAGCGAGACCGCCAUGGAGGGCGACAACCUGAUGCAGAAAGGAGAGCCCAGAAUGAUCACCAAGGAGAAUGUCGAGCUGUCAAAGGAGAUAUCAUAAUGACUUCACACUUUGUAAUCAAGAGGGGAGCAGGUUAACCUGCUGUAUAUUUGAUAGUGAACAAGUCUGCUCUGGCUAACUCUCCUCCUCCUCUAUCUACAGCAUUUGUGGAAGUUGCAUGCAUUGAUUAACAGUGUUGGUAUUUCCUGCCAUUCAGCACAUAAUUGAUGGUAGCUCAGUGCAAUCAUGUUUUUCAAGCCAAUGUUGUUGCCUUCUAUGUUGUGCCAAUGUCUUCAUAAUAAGACAGCUGUCAUGAUCAAGAUGUUGACAACAAUUUCUAGUCAAAUUAAAGUUUGAAUAAGAGGCCUUUAUCAAUAAAUAAAUGGAAGAAAAGUAGAAGUAUUUUCUUAAGAAAUGUUACGUGUGGUUGCCUUUUGUCUUGAUCAAAUAUUGUAUGGAGCUUUUCUUAAUCCACUCAGCAAAUCAGUUAGUACACGAGUGCAAACAUUGGGGCUUUAAAGCAGAAUUCACUGCAAAACUCAGUCAACAGAAAAGCAUUUCCCCCUUUAUAGCCACCUGGCCAUGUUGGAGCUGCUUUGUCACAGAGCACAGUGAAUAUGUUUAUUAGAUGCUGCUUUUUGGUGCAUUACUGAUUUUGCCGUCUUUGCACUUUGCCAUCAUUGAAAUAUAUCAUGCUGAAAGAUCAGCAGCACUUCAUUUGAAAUAUAUAAGUUACACAAGUUUUGAUUGAUGUGUUUGUUUGUAUGUGCAUUGGUUUACUUGUUAUUUCAAAAAAACACUAUAUCAGUAUUUAUAUCAUUAUAUAGUAUUUUGGUACAUUUAUGAAUGUGUAAUGACAAAUGGAGGUGAGAUAUGUAUCUUACUUGAGAUGUCAGACAAUCAGCACUUGAUGCUAACGAGGAAUCACAGUUCAAGAUUGUCAGAAUGUAUAAAUACCACAGCCACAAUCUGUAAUAAACACAAAACGGCCUAAAAGCCUUAAAAAAUCCCAACUGUGAGAAAGUACCCAAAUCAUAAAGGGAAGAAGUUCAACAAAACUUCAAUCUGUGAUUUAAAAUUGUUCCAAAAUGUUUUUAAGAUCACGCUAAUGUUUUGUGUAGUAAUUUGUCACUAUGAUAUGAUCAUAAGCCAUCUAUAGGGUAGAGUCACUGCCUAACACCUUUACAAAUUAUGGAUUGUGGUGGAGUGUUAAUCACUGUUUAUGAGUAGCAGACUGAUGCAUUGUUGAAAGCAAGUCACACUGGUAUGUUUGAAAAUAAAAAUGUAUUUGACAUGGAUUUUGACUAAUAUCUGGGUUUUACACACAUUCUGCAAAGUCUAAGAAAUAUUUUUAUUCAGGAGCAUGUCAGUUGUAUUCUAAAGGGUUCUUUCUUUUAUUUAUUUCUUUAGAGCAGGAGUGUCAAACUCAAAUACACAAUGGGCCAAAAUUUAAAACUUGAAUAAAAUCGCGGGCCAACAUUGAACAAAUAAACCUUUUAAUAUAUACCAAACAUGUUUUGCUUUAACAUUAAAUAUGGAACCAGCAACGCUUAUAAACAUACAAUAUAUAACUAAGUAGUGCA